AUUAAAAAGGGUUUUUGUUGAUGAGAAACCUUUCGUCCAUGAUAACAAGAACAAUUGUAACAUCGAUCACGGAAAAUUAUCGUUUUUACAAGAGGGUGCACGAGUGAAAUCUGCGAAUACCGUUUACCGACCGAAUUGUCUAAGGGGAUAUCAAGGGUCCUUGUUAUAUUGUGACUCGUCAACCUACGUGCCGACAUGUAUGGGUCAUCAUGACUUUUAA